UUCAAGAACAUGCUGUGAUUAGUGGUGAUAGUUAUCGAACGUUGCUGACAUUUGGCCCUCAAUUUGAAACCAAGCAUACAUCCCAACGACAAUGAACACUACGGCUAUCUCCAACGUUACACCAGCACCGUCCGACGACUACACCCAGUACGUUGAAUACAAGGCGAGUAGAUGGGUGUGGUCCAUCUUCCCACCCGUACUAAUGAUCCUCGGGACUUUUGGUAACGUGUUGUCCAUAAUCGUUCUCAACAGGAAGUCCAUGAGGGACUCCACGGUGUCCAUCUAUCUCACAGCUUUGUCUGUAAUGGACAUUUCGGUUCUCUAUACUGGUCUUCUGCGCCAAUGGCUGCGUGUGGUCAUCCACUUGGACAUCCGGGUCAUCAGCGAGAUGUCCUGCAAGAUCCACAUCUGGGUGGUUUAUUUCACCCUCGACAUGUCAGUCUGGAUUCUCGUUUCCGUCACCGUUGAGAGAUUUGUGUCGGUGAUGUAUCCAUACACGGUGAAGAAGUACUACACACGAUGUACAGCAUUCGUAAACAUUGCAGUCAUAGCAAUCUUGUUGUUGGCGCUCAACUCGCACUACUUGUACGGCCUUGGGGACGUUCAGACGACGGUAGAUGGCACUACGAACAUCGAACGCUGUGCUCCAGUUAAUGAGGGUUACGAACACUUCGAGUUACGUGUCUGGCCAUGGAUUGACCUGUGUGUGUAUUCCUUCAUACCACUGACCGUGCUCAUUAUUGCCAAUAUUUCCAUCGCCCAGAAAGUUGUAUCCAGAAAGAGGAAUGCUCGGCGAAUAAACCCUGAGAUGUUGACAACAACAUCGAACCACGAACGAUAUCAAGACAAAAAGACGUCGUCCAUGACAAAGAUGCUCCUGGUUGUGAAUCUGGUGUUCUUUGUGUGUACCGCUCCCGUCAGCGUGUACCUUAUUGGGGAAACUUACUGGACGGUGGACACCACACCACACCGCGACGCAGUUUUGUCCCUUAUAUGGGCUUUUUGUAAUGCACUGAUGUAUACCAACAAUUCUGUUAACUUUUUAUUGUACUGCAUCAGUGGUUCUCGCUUCAGAAACACGUUAAAGGAACUGCUUCAACGUCGAAACAGAAUCCGCCCGAGCAAUUCCAAUGCAUCGCUGCGGAAUAAUCAAAGCGAUGCUGGCGCUAGCGGAAACGGAGAUGACGUCAACAUUCCCGAGGGUGGCAACAGAUAUUGA